AUGGCCACAACCCCUGAUUACCAAAAGCUCAUAGCAAAUGAAUUUCUCGGUACCACCAGCCGCCCCUUUUUCUCUUACUUUAAGGUUUACGAUCGGUUGAUGGCCGGGGCUGUUCACAUUGAACAACCCCAACUGGGCGAUUUCACUCGGCCUAGUGAUCACGAUGUCAUUGCGGCCGCUCAACUUGUCCGAAGUGACCCGCAAAAGCCUCUCCAGCGAAUCACAACUGAUCUCCAGAUGAGAUUCACACAUAUCCAACCAAGCCAUCAAGCUAGAUUCGUCGUCUUUAUGGCUAUUCGCGCGAUGUUUAUGCUUGAUCCAGCAGUGGCCGAUUCACAUGGAGAAGGAUUCCGGAUUGGCCAUUAUCGACCCAUUUCAUGGCAGCCAAGCGAAUCAUUUCAGGAAUUCGUGCAGAAUUCUCUUCCCAAGGCCUCGGUAACGGCACUGGAUGAUAUAAAAUCAAUCAAGGCUUGGAAGCUGAAAUCUCGAUUCGGUAUCAAGUUCAUGGGGACCGACAACAUUACUAAACACUUGCUGCUCGAUGCGGACAACAAAGUGCUCUAUUUAUUCCACCACACUUCAUAUCUCAACGCACAUUUGCGUCGUUCCGAAGCCUCUAAUAUUGGCCAGGAGGAACUCUUAGCAUCCUGCCUUGAAAGGGGCUCUCUUCCGCCACGGCUGCUUUCAGAAACGCUUCACUCCAUACAAGAUAUUUUAUUUCACUGGAGAGAUGAAAAGUCGGUCAAACUCUUAGAGGGGUUGAUUAAAAAGAAAGGGUUUGACGCAGACUGCGCCGAAAAGAAGAGAUCCGAACCACUCCUAGAAUAUCUCUAUUGGGGCGAACGGCUUGCGGUGUUGCAUGAUCUCGUUAUAAACCGACCGCCGCGAAACAAGUUUGAGAGAUGGGUCAAAUGGCAAACCUCUGAAAGCAAUGCUUUUAUUGUGGCUCUUGGCGCUUUGGUGAUAUCGAUUAUCGUUGGGGUCCUCUCGCUAGGGCUCUCAGGACUUCAGGUCUGGAUUGCAUGGAGGGCGUGGAAAGAUGCUACUAAUCCAAACAGUGGCCCAGAAACAGCCUGA